AUGAAGAUUGCGCAUCUUCUCACAGGCCAUGCACUUGUGGAGAAUGUGAGUCACCCAACUUUGGUGCCGUCCAGAGCGGAAUACGAGCGGUAUCGGCGCGAAGGGGAGGGCUAUGGAUACCUCCUCAGGAUUUUGUUCCGCAAGCCCAACAAUGCGAUUCAGUUUUAUGGUGCGCUGGAUGUGUGGAACGCCGUCAGUAUAGGGACUAACCAGACUAUCGCACUGCCGUACUCGGUCGUGGCACACUGGGGGAACAAGACUGGGCGGCUUCCUAUGGUGUCCCGAAACAUAUAG